AUGUCUUCUUCCGAAAGCGGCAACGAGCCCAAGCCUCUCACCGAGCGUGAGUUGGAGAUCCUCAAGAACGCCUGGAAUUGCAUGAAAACUGCUCCGGAGAUUGACUACCCCAAGCUGGCCGAGGCCUGCGGCAUGACCAACCCUCGCUCCGCCUCCAACGCCUGGUCCGCCAUCAAGAAGAAGCUCUUCUCCGACCUCCCUGCCGCCGUCGACGAGGACGGCAACCCCGUCACCCCCGCCAAGCGCAAGCGUGCCACCCCUGCCAAGAAGAAGGCCGCCCCCGCUCCUGCCGCCGAGGACGACGAAGACGAGCUCCAGGCCGAGACCGAGGAGAAGCUUGUCGUCCAGACCCCCGUGAAGAAGAAGCGUACCCCGGCCAAGAAGAAGACCGCCGCCGCCGCCGCGGCUUCCACCGACGCUGAGGCUGACGCCGAGGACUCCACUGCGCCUGGUACUCCGGCUAAGAAGAAGCGCGCUACUCCCGCUAAGAAGCGCGGCCCCAAGGCCAAGAAGGAGGAGGACGAGGAUGCUACCGCUGCUGAGGAGGACGGUGCUGCCGAGGCUGCCAAGGGCGCUCCUGCUCAGGAGGCCAAGUUCGCAGUCAAGGACGACGUUCCCGAGGACGUCGCCAUGGAGAACGGCCAGGACAAGGCCGAGAUCUAA